AUGUCUAGCUCCAGUGCAGCCGCAGCCCCAGCGCCAAACACCUCCCUGGGGCUGAAUACACCUCCCCACCAACUCCCAUCUGGAACAUCGCUCUUCUACACCGACAUCGUCGACCUCUCAAAUACUCUCCAACUCCUCGCAGCUGCCCAAACCGCCCCACUCCCCACCGGCGAACGUGAUACACCUGAAUACCAUUACCUCGAGAAGCGCCGCAUCCUCCUCAACGCUAAAAUCACCAAAUUUCCCCCUAGUAGUGAACUUGUAGUCACCGAGAAAGGUCAACUAGAGGGUUAUAUGCAGGCAAUCGACACCUUCCAAGCAAAUACUCUCCCACGUAACCUAGUCGCACUACCACACACUACGGUUCUAGGCUUCCUGGAGGCCGAAAUCCGGAGCUUAUCACUUGCACAGGGCGUGCUAAAGGGUGAUUAUAGGAUUAUGCAUCAGAAAGGGACCGACAGACUCUCCGGUAUUGCGUUUGACUUUUUGUAUCUCAAGACGCGCAUUGAGAGUAUCCAUGAUGCGCUGAAGGCGUUGAAAAAGCGGGCGUUGGCCAAUGCUGAUUUGGUGGCGUUGGAGGGGUGUGCUAGGGUCAGAACGUCGUUUGAGAUCGACGUGGAGGCAUUUAAGACGCAUAUUGAUCAUUGGGUGUCGAUGGGCAUAUUGAAGAGGACCUUUACCGGAAAGCCGAGUCUGAAGUAG